AUGUCUCUCCGUCGCCUGCUUGCCCGUGCCCGUCACCUCCCCCUCACGCGGCCUCGGCCCCUUGCCCGCUCACCGGUGCAAGUGCUGCAAGGGCCUCUCCCCGUCCCCCGCUGCCUUCUGUACGUCGUCCCCGCCUCCCCCUACCUCUCACCCUCGCCCGCUUACCUGCAUUUGUCGCCCCUCCCUUCUUUAGGUAUCUUGAUGUCGCGCGCAGGCUACGCAAGUCGCCGGCCCCUCGCUCGCCCUGUGCUCGCCACCCCCUCGCCCCGGGACGUUGCCCCUCUCUCCCGCUUCUUCUCCCCGCCGCCUGCUCGCCCGUUGAUCUACUCCACGUUCACCAUGUCGCCUCUCAUUGCCCCUCGUCAUCUAUGGACCCUCCUUACCUUGUACAAGAUAGGAAAUCGUGUGCGCAUCCCCGUACGCUGGUCCAACCUGCAGCAGGCGUUGCAGGCUCUGGAUUUCGAAGUCGAAAACUGCAAGGGGUUGAAGCGUCGGGUGGUCGCUCCCUCCCACCUUGGCGGGGCUUGUACGACUUUGAUGCAGCCCAAAAACGGGAUUAUUGCACCUCCCAGCCAGGCGUAUGUGGUCUCCCAGCUCAGCCAGCGAUGUGGCCUAACUGCGGAGUACCUGGAGAACCUGGCCAAGGGGUCGUCGUAG